CCCUCUUCCCGCUUCGGCUUCAUGGUCGAACGGAUCAGUCAAAAGCCCGCGAAAACCUUCAUACAGAUAGGCAGAAGAUGCAGUGUUCAUUCACUCAGUAAUGAGCUUCGAUCUUCAUUUUUUUGGUGUUUUUCUCUUCUGUUAGUUUAUUUAAGUCAUGGAAGGUGUGAGGAACAUAUCGAUUUCAGAGCUGCUCCAACGAUCUCGUCCUCUAACAGGUGCUUCCUCUCUUUGCUCUCCUUCCAUUUCGGUUUCUCGUUUUCCACCUGAAGCGAACUGUAGACAAAGAUCAUCUGACGGAACGGCCACGAAACCUGAUUCUGUCAAUAUUUCUGUUUCCGAAGAAAACUCUAGCCGUAGAAUUCUCUCUCCUCUCAAGUACCCUGCGCUUAUUAUUGGAACCCUAAGUCUCCCUUCCAGUGAUACUGAGUCGACUUCUAAUCAACUCUCUUGCGGGUUGAGAAACAGUUGCUUUGUGUUUUCUGAUGGUGUUUCUAGGAUUUGUUGCGCUGUUCUUGACCUGGAUAUUAAGAUUAUCGGCAAGCAAAUCCAUGUUCUUGCCUGGAAUUUCAUUCCUUUCAAAGGUGGUGGUGGAUUCUUGGAGAUUAUCAGAUGGAGCCUUUCGAAUUUGUCCACGGAAAUAUGUCAAUCGUCCCAUGCGGAUGCGUUUCUGUUGGCUUCAGCUUCACAUGUUCAGAAAGAGCAUUUCGAGCCUCGUUCUUCUGUUUGUGGCAGAUUAGGAUCGGUCAGCCCUGUUUUUGUAAUUCCAUGCACUGUUAAAGGUAAUGUCGAUUCCGGCAACUGCUCUAAAGAUUCAAGAAACUUGAGUGGAUUCCUUGCGGAAAUAAUGGUCUGUGAGUGUUACGUAUGUACUUCCAAAGCUUCAGUAGCCUCGAUUAGGAAUCUACUUCAGGGACACAGUUCUCAUUCUUUCAAUCGACCUGCAUUUUUAUAUUUCUAUGGAUCUGCUUCGUUUUGGCAUCCUGUUCUCUCUAACCUUCUCGGGAUUGUAGUCUUGCUCUCUGCCGUGAAGAAGAAACAGAUUUUCAGCGGAAAAGAAGAGCCAUGUUUAAUGUUCACAAGUACAGACAAAACUGUUUUGCAUAUACCCAGGUCACCUGUGGGAGAAUUGCUAUCUGGAAGGAAUAGAAUCAAAGGGAGAGGUGAGUCUGGUGUGUAUACUGGAGUUGUCACAGGUGUUUACAUGCAAGGAAUGGUUGUUGAGCUGGACGAGAAAGUGUGGCUUUUACUAACCGAUCAUAUUUCAUACUUACCUCAUUCUUUGAGGCUAGGCGCUAUUAUAUCUUUGAGGAAUGUUCAUUUUGUACAUCCCAAUUUUUCUUGGUCAAGAAUGCUCUUGCUCGGGGCUUGCUGUAAGACUACCAUCAAUGUGGAAUCCUUUUCAUCCGUGGAGUCUCAGUGUCAUAUUCGUCUCCAGUCACAAAGCCUGUUGCACAAAUUCAUUGGGACGUUGGCAUUUUCUGCCAGAUUAUGGGUCUUACUUACAGUCUCAUGUUUCAGAAAAAAAUUUGCUGGCACCCUGUCAGAGAAGAAGAUUCUUGGAUCCAAAUAUCAAGAAGGAUUGGUUCAGAUGUAUGCUAGAUCAGGCCUACCUUCAUCUUUUUUUCGACCUCGGCAUGGACUAUUCAUUGAAUUCAGUAAGCACAAUCAGAGUAGUUGUGGUAGUGAGCCAAAUGAUGGGUACUUGAAAUUGGUAGUGCCUAUCACUAAUUUCAUCAGCCAUUGUGAGGCCAUUUGGUUAAAGACAUUAGUACAAAUGAAUAAGGACCCUGAAACUAUCAGGAAGAGAAAAAAAUUCCGUCUCCUGCCAUGUGAAGGGAAUUCCUAUGGGAGGUUAGUCAGAAGAAUUAUAUCAAGUGAAGAUCUUGCCUUGGUUCUGAUGGGUAAUCUAGAGAUUUCUCCAUCUUCUGGGAGGUUGCAGUUAAUUGAUGCAACUGGCAGCAUUGAGGUUGUGGUACCAGAUUUGCCAUCUAAUUGGGAUGCCAGAAGUAUAUAUGAGGUUAAACACUAUACUGUUGUUAUAGAAGGCAUACCUGCACAAUUGAGUUCUUUUAGCUUGCUUAGAAAUGAGUCAUUUCCAUGCAGAAGUAUCUUUGACCAUGUUUCAUCUAUGAAAGAGAGAAAUAAUUUAGCUAUCUAUGUCCACUUCCAUAUGAGCAAUGCAAUUUCCCUAAACGGUCGGUUUCCUUGUAUGGAUUGGAGUGGCAAUCCCAAUCUACUUGAAAAUGGGACAUUCCGCAUGCUCUUGAUAACACACAAGUUUCCUGCAAUGCAAAAUUUUCAAGGUAGAUCAAAUAUUUCAAAGAGCUCAACCUUGUUAGCUGAGGCUAUAAUCUUGCCUUGGGACUUGUCUCUUCCGUUGGAAAAUGGAAAUACUUGUCCAACUGAAGUUUCCAAUUUCAAGCUAAGAAAAUGCUCCCAAGAUCAUGUCAAAAGAAAUUGCCAAGAUUCCUCUAACAAGAGACCUAAAAUUGUUCACUUGUUAGGUAGGGCAUUGACUGCAGGAUCAAUAGAUGGCUUGGAAAAGGAUGAAAAUGAAGCACAUGGCAGUCUGAGUGAUUGUAGUCCUUGUGCGGACUUUAGCAGUAACCAGAAACCAUGCAACCUUAAGUAUCCUCUUACAAUGCUAUGUUAUGUCACUUUUGGAAGUUGCAAUGAUCAAAAUCCACUUAGGUCAGCAAUCUUGUAUUGCACAAACCCCAAUGCAGGGGAUGAUGAAUUAGUAAAACGGAGCUUGCAAAAGGUUGUGCUGGAGUUCAAGCCUGAAAGCCUUUUCAAGUAUCAGUUAUUAAGAAUUGGUGGAUAUUAUAUCUUGAAGUACCCUGAGAAAGAGCUCCAGUGUAAUCUAAGGGAUUGUGGAUAUCGUAGCUGUGGUAAAGUUAUUAUCACUUCUGAAACGCAACUGUGGAGUAUUUAUUUUGCCUGUGAUGAGGAUCCUUUUCAUACUAAACCAGAGUCGAGUUUGCCUUCAGAUGUUUCUUCACGCACUAUUGAUGCAAAUCUGUCUGAAGGUUCUCUUCAAAAUGAACUAAUCUUCCAGAGAUCUGCAAGACAAAAUCCCCUCUCGUGUUCAGAUGUCCAUCUCCAUCUCUCUGCUGAUGCAAUGAAGCACUUGAAGAUAUGCACUGCAGCAGUGGAAGGGUUGAUUAGUCCCAUCAUGGCUCCGGCAAAGGCUGUUAAUGUCUCUGCAUUCAUUAUGACCAACAUGACUGUUCCAGUGCCAUCUUCUGGAACCCCUGAUCCUUCUUCGAGAUUACCAGAGGGAGAUUUAAUAUCACUACAUGGAAAUGUACUUGCUGUUCAUAGUUUGAACUGCAGUUCUCUUUGUGCUCAGAAGCCCUUAGGUUGUGAAACAAUGGGUGAUGCUCAUCAGUUGUGGUUCUUCCAAGGAACAUCAGACAGCGUUUGUAUUCACAUUUUAGAAGGCCGUGACAUUGUGAAGAUUCGGGGUACCCUAUGGAAACACGCUUUUCCUAUUGGAUUGGGACCAGGAGUAACUGCAACCUUUCACCGUGUUCUUGUACUAGGCAGGCCGAAUGAGUUGCUGUUGACACCUGUUUCAUUCAUUGUGAUUGACUCUGUAAAAGAAGUUCUUUCUCAGGAUAGUGACAUGAGUUCCCAUCCAAUAUCUACUCCAGAUAUUUUAUGUGAUGCCCUACAGGACACUGUUCCGUCAGGCUUUAUCCCUGAACUGAUUCAUUGCUUAGAGAGUGGGCCAGUACAGUUACGUUGCAGGGUUGUGGCUAUACGUGUCCUAGUGUUAGAAAUGCCCAAAAGUAAAUUUGAGAAGCUACAAACGAGGGAGCAGUCCAAGGAUCCUGCUGUAAACAUCCCACUUGCUGGUUUUGUUUUGGAUGAUGGAUCAUCCACUUGUUGUCUCUGGGCCAAUGCAGAGAGAGCAGCAAAAUUGCUAAGGCUACAGGAAGAAACCUCAAUCAGUUAUUUCAGUAGCAGUUACUCGACAUUGAGAACAGGAAGCAACAAGGCACCAAGCACCACCAUUUAUGAUCUGCGGAAGAUUUUAAAGAAGCACAAUAGAGUUACUGUGAAGAAUCAAGGGUCUAUGCAUGAUCCAUCAUGUCAAGAGCUUUUGUUUUCUGUCACUUCAGAUAAAGUCCUCAGCAGCUCAGAUGAGAGUGUCAUCAAGUUCAUAAUCCUCAAUGCUUGCCAUGGUGCAGUUUUGAAUGUUCUCGGUAGUGUAAUGGAUUCAGAUGCUUUUGGAUGGCUGGAGAUGGAACUUGCAGAAAUGGAGAUGCCAGUACAUUCGAUUCGAAAUAUUUGGGCAAGAGAAAUUCGGUAUGCAGAUUAUUUGACUGAUGCAAAGACCGUACUUCAAGAACUUUUAGUCAGGUAGCAGUUGUCCCAUUGUAAAUUAAUCACAUUUGCCUGUUUACUUUUUGCAAUGCUUCCUUACUAACAUUAUGCAGUGAGCAUGGGAGGGUGAAGAUAGUUAUAACUUGUAGCACCAUGAGGAAGAAACCUGGUGUCAUAUGUGAAUCUUGUAUAUUCCUGUCUUUUGUUUAUUUUUCUGCAUGCCAAUGUUUGUGGUAUGUUAAUGAGCCCACUGGGUUUAAGUCAUAGUAACUCUUGCUGGAUUCAGUGUCAAGUUAUAAAUUUUUUU